AUGGAUUCAUCUCAAGGUGAAGAUAGAUCAAAUCGUGAUAAAGACAAGAGUAUAGUCAAUGAAGUGAUAGUUGAACGGGAAGAUAUAACCUGUGACUUUAUAAGUGAACAAAUAGGGAAGGCUUUGGAGAAUUUUUCUCCAUUUAUUAUCAAGAAAUUAAAUAAAACACUAGAAGGAGCAAUGAAUGAUUACAUUGCUCAUAAAAUAAAAGAAGAAGUGGCUUCAUCGGUGCAAGAAGAAUUUGAUAAACGUUUUCCUAAAGAUCAAGCACCAGAAAUUCAAACUCAUGAAGUUCAAGUGAAACCAACAAUGGAAAAGCCUUAUGACCUAAAGAAUUUCACCAUUGCUAAACCACCCAAGUACAAUGGGGACCCGGACCCUAUUGUAAGUACUAGAUGGGUGAAUGAAAUUGAGGGAGCGUUCCGUAUUACAAAGACUCCCCCGGAAGAUAAAACUCUUUAUGGGUCAAGUAUGUUGGUGGAUAGAGCUAAGUUGUGGUGGGAUAGUGAAAUGGUGAAGAAAGGAGAAGAUGCUAUGAUAAAGAUGGAUUGGGCCGAUUUCAAAGUGGCUUUUUUUAAGGAGUUUAGAUCCGAGGCCGAUGUGACUCGACUUAGAAGCGAGUUUAUGAAUGACUCCCAAGGAAGUAUGAAUGUAAAUGAAUUCCGGGUGCGGUUUCUUGAUAAAGCCCAAUUUUGUCCGAUGGAUGUGGCGAGAUGGCAUGAAGUUGAACAAGGUAUGCCAGAUGAAGACUCUUUGAAGAGGAAGGUGGAACAAAGUGAUUCUCCGAAUAAAAAGUUCCGACCAAGUGGAAGCUCAGGGAGUAGCUCUUCUAGGAGAAAUGUUCCUACUUGUACAAAUUGUGGAAAACAUCAUUCUGGAUUUUGCCGUUUACCUCCUAAAAAGGGGUUCUUUAAUUGUGGCCAACCGGGUCACAUUAGCCGAGAUUGUAAAGUUGCUCCAAGGAAGCCUACUGUGUGCUUUAAUUGUUUCAACGAAGGGCACAUGAAAAGUGCUUGCCCAUUGUUGUCGGAGGAGGAAUGA